AUGUGGAGACCGAUUCGUUUGGAUAUAAUACUUAAUUCGCCGCCACCAAGCCGAUCCAUAAUGGAAGCUCACGCAUGGAAUCCUGAUGACCGAUCAUUAAAUAUCUUUGUGAAAGAUGAGGAUCGUUUGACAUUUCAUAGACAUCCAGUUGCACAAUCCACUGAUUGUAUCCGCGGGAAAAUUGGAUAUUCGAAAGGCUUCCAUGUAUGGCAAUUAACGUGGCCUGUAAGACAACGAGGUACACAUGCUGUGGUUGGAGUUGCCACAAAGGCCGCACCACUUCAUAGCGCUGGAUACACUUCAUUAGUUGGAUCAGAUUCUGAGUCUUAUGGAUGGGAUUUAACUCGCAACAAAUGUUAUCACGAUUCGAGAAAUACGGAUGGUUGGACUUAUCCGAAUAUGGAUGGAUUUUUCUUUUUGUGUAUCCUCGAUAUGGAUGAAGGUUAUAUGGCGUUUUCAAGCGAUCGACAAUACUAUGGUGUUGCUUUUACUGGCCUUAAGGGCAAAACGCUCUAUCCAAUAGUAUCAUCUGUGUGGGGCCAUUGUGAAAUCACUAUGGAAUAUCUUGGUGGACUCGACCGUACGUCUUUUUUUGGCUUUUAUUUAUUCUAUUGUCGAUAUCAAGGAAUUUAUUAUAAAUCUAUGAGAAGCGUGGAAAUGAAAAUAUACUUUUUGCAGCGUUUCAGUUCUUCCUCGCUUAAUUUGUUUGUAUAA